AGGACCAACGGGGCAACUAGGCUUGGCAUCUACAUAACAGGGUAACGAAACCAGCACCAGGAACACCAACUCUGGCAACAGGGGAUCAGCAAUGGGCUUCAUCCACAGGACCUCCAAGCAGACCAGCAAGGUUAAGACCCUGCUAGGGCUCGCCUUGCCCCGCCUUGCCGCGGCACGCCGUCCCCGCCUCGCUCGCAGGUCAAUUUCCCGCAGCGAUGUGGGGCAGCUACUGGCACUCGGCCAUCUCGACCGUGCUCUCCACCGUGCAGAGCAGUUCAUAGAGGAGGACAACAUGCUGGAGGCAUUCGACAUAAUAGAGCUAUACUGCAAUCGCCUCAUCGAGCACGCAAAGCAGUUAGACAAGCCCAAUGAAUGCGGCGAGGACAUUCAGGAGGCAGCCGCCGGGAUCAUGUUUGCAGCCGGGAGGUGCAGCGAUCUGCCGGAGCUAAUGUUUGCACGCACUAUACUGGCAAAUAAGUUUGGUGGCGACUUCACAGCCAUGGCAAAGGAGGGCACUGGCGUUGUCGACCCCAUGUUGGUCUGGAAGCUAUCUGGCAACAAAAGAAACAUGGAGAUGAAGAAAAAAGUGGUGAAGGAGAUUGCUGCUGAGAACAAUGUGCUACUGGACUUCUCUGAGUUCCAAGAAGGUUGAGCAGGCUCAGCAGCAAACGUUCUGCACCAUCAUGAACUCAACCACGAGGCUAUAUACCAAACUGACAUGGAUGAAAGUUCAGAGUCAGACACUUAUCAUUCUCCCCCGCGCAACAAGGAUCCAUGCGAUAUGUCCAACUCUGAUGGAGCAAACAAUGGCAUUCAAAACAAAAGAACAUGAAAAGUUCUGUGCGCACAAGAAGAUGAACAUUCAGAGCAUCCAGCUCAGAUGCAACAAUCCAGAAUGAGGAAAUGCUAUGUUUAGCUUCAACACUUACCAAGUUAUGGGUGUGCACAUGUUAAAUCUGUAACUGUAAAGCAACUAACUAGGUCCAAUUAAUUGAGUCAGCAAAACCUUCCAUUUCUUCACGAACAGCCACAGGCCCACAGCAGUAGCCAUCAGUUAUAUAAUCCAUAAUACUGCCCUUUCUUCUCCAAUCUAUCAAGUCUCUAAAAAGAGAAGCCCUACCUUGCCACAGAAUUUACAUACAACCUAAUACAGGUUCUUGACCAUAGCACCUGUUAAAAUAUGUGAAAUAUCUCCACUUCGUGUGGUGUUUUGUGUUUAGAAAAUUCUUUGUGGAUAUAUAUUUGUAAAAUCUAGUUUCUUAUGAUGUACAUGUACUUGAUGGGCUAAUACGAGAUGGCUACAGAUGGCA